GGCGGCGCGCAGGGCGGCAGCAUCCACUCGGGCUGCAUCGCCGCCGUGCACAACGUGCCGCUGAGCGUGCUUAUUCGACCGCUGCCAUCUGUGCUGGACCCGGCCAAGGUGCAGAGCCUGGUGGACACGAUCCGGGAUGACCCAGACAACGUGCCACCCAUCGAUGUUCUGUGGAUCAAAGGGGCCCAGGGUGGUGACUACUACUACUCCUUCGGGGGCUGCCACCGCUACGCAGCCUACCAGCAGCUGCAGCGAGAGACCAUCCCCGCCAAGCUUGUGCAGUCCACCCUUUCAGACCUCCGAGUAUACCUGGGUGCGUCCACACCAGAUUUGCAAUAGCAGCUCCUUGCCACCUGCCACUGCAACCUCAGGAAGAUACCUGGCCCCAGUGGGCGGGCCAGCGAGGGCACCCCUCUUUGCACAUCGGGGCGGGGGCCUGACUCAGCACCCGCUUUACUAGCUGCCAGGCCUGGGACUCAUGCUAAGUGGUGUGAGAGCCCCUGUGCCCACCUCUGUGAGAGUGGGUUUAGGCCUCACCCCUGAGCAAGGAGAUGGAUCUGGAGAUUCCAACGGACAAGGAACUUCUGCAUCGUCUUUAUGGUAUCCUAUUAGGUGGACUGCUCAGCUGCAAGUAAAGACAAGCCUGGGUAAUGGGGACUUGAACAAAGAAAGGCUGAAUUCUGGAGGCAAGUAGCCAAAAUGGUAUGUUCCAGUAACUCAGUGAAGAUAAGAGUUUAUGCCUCUGGGAUCCUUUCGCUCUCGUUGCUUGUUACUUCAUGAUCACAAGUUGGCAUGGUAUCUCCAGGAAUCAUGUCAUGGUUCAAGGAAGAAAGGCGUGGGGGAAGGGGAAGGGCCAAGCCUGCUGGGCCUGU